UCUCUCGUCAGUCGCUUGCUGAGUCUCCGUUCAGUUGGUCGAGCUAUCUCCGAAUCGAAAAUACAAUCGCACAAACCAAAGCCAAGAAAUUUGUACCAAGCCAAGGCAAAGUGCUAAUAAAUCGAGCAAAAUGCGCUGCCUGGCAUUGAGUGCGCUCUUUUUGUGCCUGGCUGUGGCCGGGCACUUUCAUUUGACAGCUGCCUACAAGAGCGAGGUGCAGAUCACUCCGGAUCCCCUGGACGCUGUGGAGGCCACCACCAAGAAGUCGAGUUGGUUCGGCGGCUUCAAGAAGUUCUUUGGCAGUGAUGCCACCACCACCACCACCACCACUACCAUUGCUCCCCCGGCUGCCACCAGUGCGAAGGCGGCGGUAACCACGUCCACGGCGGCCAAGAAGCCACCGCCAUUGGUCAUCUCGAAUGCUCCAUUGAUGCCGUUGGGUCCGCGACCAGAUACACCGGCAUCCUCUCCCUUCGGAGCCUCCCCGCCGCCGGCAAGUGGUCCUCAGUGGCCAUCGAGCAGCGCCAGACCGACCCCACCCCAGUCGCCACAGCUGCCCGUCCAGGGACGUCCGCAGCAGGGAGGCACUGCAGCACCCAGUCUGCCACCUGGCUUUGCCCCCUACCGCCCACAGAAACCCCAGCCGAACAGCUACGAUCUGAGCUACGGCGGUGGUCCAGCACCGGCAGCCGGACGACCUGGCUUUGGAGUGGCUACCAGCACCGCCUCAACCACGACGACCACCCAGAGGCCCACCUCGACCACCACAGGUAAGACGCCGCAGCAGAAGGAGGAUUUCCCGGCGCUGCCAGGACCACGGAGGCCAUCGCAAAAGGAGGACUUUCCGGCCUUGCCUGCGGCCAAAACUCCACCUGGCUCACCCACGCCCACACCGGGAUCUCCUUCGGCCUGGCAAUCGCCGCUGCCAACGCCCCAGCAUCCAGUGCAUCCACCCACCAAGGUCACUCCAACGCCCACGCCCUCCUCACACACGCUCACGCCCACACCCACACCCGCCCACGGUGUGUCCUUUGGACCACACAAGGUCGGCGGUGGAGGCUUCACCACAACCACGGUGCGACCCGGAUUCCAGUCGUCGGGCAACUCCGUGGCCACCGACGACGAGAUCCGCCAGCUGACGGAGCAGCUGUACUCCAAGGAGACCAACAACCAGAUCGGAAACAUCCAGGUGAACCUGCAGGGACGCACGCGAUCCAUCGACAGCGCUGAUGAGGCACCUAAUCCACUGCUGAAUGUGGACGCCAAGGCCCUGGAAUCGCCGACCAUCGCCAAGCUGCGGCUGCUGUUCAACAACUACGAGCACGACACGCUGGUCAACGAGCACGUGACCCCCAACGAGCGCAAGGAGGAGAACGACUUCCUGGACGCGGUGAUGGCCACGCCGGUGAUGCGCCAGGCCAUGCAGUUCCUGCAGCAGAAGGGUCUGGUCAGUCCCGACCCGAAGACCCACCGCGACCUGGUCAAGGAGCUCUGGUUCACCCAGUACUCCCGCGGCCAGGGCAAGAUCGGCAGCUCCGGCUUCGAGCACGUCUUCGUGUACGAGGUGAAGGAGGGCACGAUCAUCGGCUUCCACAACUGGGUAUUCAUCGGCGAGGAGGAGAAGGAAGGUCGCUUCGACUACAAGGGCUACAUGAAGGAGCAGGACAUUGGCACGAAGGGCAAGGUCGUGAAGAUCCGCUUUUCGCACCAGGGACUCAACAAGCCAGUGAACACGGUCUUCGUGGGCACCUCGCCGGAACUGGAGCUCGCUCUGUACACGGUCUGCUUCCAGCUCCGGCCGGAUCGCACCUGUCCGGUGUCCCUGGGCAACAGCAAGUUCGGCAUCGUCACCUAUUCGUGGCGCUACCGGGGAAAGAGCCUGAUUGGCAGCGCCUAUCCGGAGAUCUGAGGCAGCGGGCAGCGAUAGCUCCCCGGCGUAGUCAUCGUAGCAUUUUUUUUUCUGUCGCUUUAAUAAAUAAAGUAAAUGUGUGAAAAUUUAA